AUGCGGUUGGUUUCUGAACGCGAAGCAGUAGUAGUAGCGCGCGAUCAGCUUGCACUUGCAGUUGCCGCUUGUCGUUGGUGGUUUGAGCUGGAGAAGUUGCGGAGCGAGGGAGGAGUAUAUGAAGGCCAUGGCGGGAAAGAGGGAGAAAGUUCCAGAGGCGACCGGAAGAUGCUAGAGAGAGAAAGUGAGAGAAGAAGAAGCAAAAGUGGAGAAGGAAAGAGCGGGACGCGUCUCGUUGCGCUCCCGCGAUCGCCCCGAGAGAGUUCUAGAGACGGGGAGAAGACGGCUGGAACGAGGAACCAGAUCACCAUCACCAACGAGAAGGGCCGGCUGAGCAAGGACAACAUCGAGCGGAUGGUGAAGGAGGCAGAGCAGUACGAGGCCGAGGAUGUGGACGUCAAGCGCAAGGUCGAGGCAAAGAACUCGCUAGAGAACUACGCUUACAACAUGCGGAACACCAUCCGGGACGACAAGAUCGCGGGGAAGUUGAAUCCAGAGGACAAGGAGAAAAUCGAGAAGGCCGUGAACGAGGUGAUCGAGUGGCUCGACAGGAACCAGCUCGCCGAGGUGGACGAGUUCGAGGACAAGCUGAAGGAGUUGGAAGCGCUGUGCGGUCCGAUCAUAUCGAAGAUGUAUCAGGGCGGCAGUGAUGGGCCGAUGGGCAGCGACGACGGUGACGUGCCGAGAGGAGGUAACGGGUUUGGUGGUGGAGCAGGGCCUAAGAUUGAAGAGGUUGACUGA